CAUACUCAAGGUCGUCACUGAUCAUUAUAUAAUUUUUGAAGUAUGGAUCAGUUAUAUUCUUGAGAUAAAUCCUGGAAGUAUCCAAAAAAAAAGGAAAAACAAUCCAAACCGAAGGAUAAGUCUGAAGACUCAAAAAUCGGUAGAAGUGGACCAUUGAUUCAAAUAUUUAAAAAGAAGAAUUAUACACCAUUGGCGCUACCACCACUCUAUUAAAAAUACAUUUAUUUAUAGAGAGAGAAGAGUCUGCUGCAAUUACUUCGUGCCAUGGAGGUUGAGAACGGCAAUUUCAAUAGCAACAACAAGACUAAGGAACAAGCUGAAUUUUUUAACAAACCUCCCGGGUACAGAUUCCUCCCAACAGACGAAGAGCUCAUCGUCUUUUACUUGGAGAAGAAAGCAUGGAACCAGCCCCUGCCAAUUAACAACAUAGUGGAAGUUAACCUAUAUGCACAUAAUCCAGAUUUUCUUGCAGCAAAAUACAAGGAUUAUCAAGAAGAUCAAUUAUACAUUUUCACCCCAAGAGAUCGAAAGUAUCGAAAUGGAAGACGGCCAAAUCGAGCUGCUGGUGAUGGAUAUUGGAAAGCCACGGGAGCUGACAGGAAAAUCAAAUCCAAGGGAACCGUAGUUGGGUAUAGGAAGGCAUUGGUUUUUUAUAUAGGAAAGGCUCCAAAGGGUAAAAAGACCAACUGGAUUAUGCACGAAUUUAGAGUCGAGGAUUCACCCUGUAGCGGAAGAGGCUCAAAUGGCAUGAGGGUAUGUAGUUUUUCAUCCUUUUACUAAUUAACAUAUAUGUUCGUU